AUGGCCGAACAAACACAGCAGCCUGACUACCAUCUCAUUGGAACCCAUACGAGAUACUCCAGCUGGACCAGCCGCGUGGAAGCAGUUCUCGAGUACUUUAAUAUCCCUUACACUGCACAGAUUAUCCACCUGUCUGAGGUCAAACGGGUCUCCCACACGGGUUUCGUCCCAUUGCUGGAAUGUCGCUCACUUGGCCAAAAUAUCCGCCUCAAUGACUCCCUAGCUAUCUGCGAGUUCCUGGCCGAGUCGAACCCAGAGCUCAAUCUGUGGCCGCGCGACCGACAGCUCAGGGCCUUGGCACGUAGCGCAGCAGCGGAGAUGCACUCGGGGUUCUCGACACUGAGAAAUACCUACGGCACGAACUUCAUUGCCCGGUAUACGGGGAAUGUUCCCGUGUCCGAGCAGGCAAAGAAGGAGAUCGAGCGGCUUCUCGUCAUCUGGGACAAUGCGAGACGAACAACCAUGGCCCGUCUUGCUGAGUUGAACGAGAAGGAUGAAGGAUUCCUGUUUGGAUCGUUUAGUAUCGCGGAUGCCUUCUUUUGGCCGACUCUUUGGCGCUUCCGUACCUACAACCUUCCCCUUGAGACGGCGAGUCCCCAUGCAUUGGCUUGGAUGGAGACCAUGUGGAAUAGCCCCACGAUGCAGAGGCUGGCGCAUCACUAUUAUCGCCAAGCAGAACACCCGGAGACACGGAUCGCCCAUUAUGAUGAUAUCUUCCACGACCGGGAUGAUGUUCAAUACGGUACCUUCUCGGAGGGUUGGACCUUCAGCGUCGCUGAGAAGAGAUUUCACUGA